ACCAAACGAUCAAUCAAACCAUCAAACAUGGCAAAGUCAAAAGUUGUAAUAGUUGGAGGUGGAUACUCUGGUGUUUAUCUGGCCAAAGCAUUGGAUAAUAGAUGUAAUGUCACAUUGAUAGAGAGAAAGAAGUUGUUCUUUCAUAAUAUAACUGCAUUAAGACUGGUUGUCCAACCAGAGUUAUGCACGGAGGUCUUCUUACCAAUGGAUAGCCUUCUAAAGAAUGGUCGUGUGAUCAAUCAGUUGGCAGUUGAAGUCACACCCCAGUGUGUCAGACUGGAGGACGGCGCCGAGCUGCCCUUUGACUACCUGGUCAUUGCCACUGGAUCCAAUAACAUGACGCCGUACAAGUCGCCAGUCGACUGCAGUGACCUAUACAAUUACUAUCACAAGUUACGUGAUACCGUCCGCGAGGCCAAGAGUGUUGCCAUAGUCGGAGGUACAACCGUUGGAUGUGAGCUCGCCAGUGAGAUAGCCUGCGAGUACCCAGACAAGAAGAUAACAUUAGUGCACAGCCUCAACAGACUAUGCUCACAUCGACUAGGUGACCGAUUCUGUUCCAAGCUUGCAAAGAAGAUGACCAAGAUGGGCGUCAAUGUGAUGCUCAACACCGUGGUCAAUGUCCCAGCGGAGGAGGUACAACGACGAAACACUGGCGCCGUGGUGGACUACCAGACGCGCCCUGGACAGGUGCUCGAGACCGAUCAAGGAAACGUGGAUGCAGAGAUUAUCUUUUGGUGUCUGGGCAGCAGGCCCAACAGCGAGCCGCUGAGGAAGUCGUUCGCAACAUCGAUCGACGCGCUGGGCCAGCUCAAGGUGGACGAGCAUCUUAGAGUGGAGGGCCACACCAAUGUAUUUGCAAUGGGCGAUAUUACCAACAUUAGCGAGCUAAAGACAGCCUACAAUGCAUUACUGCAUUCAGGUGUCGUGGCCAAGAAUAUCAAGCGAUUGGAUGAGGCGGGCGCCAAGCAUCGUAAGCUAAAGAAGUACAAACCAUCUAAGCCAUUGUUAUUCCUAUCGCUGGGCAAGGAUAAUGGACUGUCCAACAUACCAGGCGGCAUCAUCCUCGGUGGCCUGAUCACCAGUUUCAUCAAGUCCAAAUCAGUGUACAUAUCACAAUGUCGAGAACUCCUAAACAAUCCAAAGUCCACACCAUUGAUUGGUCAAGAUUCCAAACAACAUCUAAAGGAGGGUGGCCUUGGCCUUGGCCUUGGUGUCGAGCCUGCGAAGCAAGACAAACAGGAGCCAUCAUCAACAUCAGAGGCAGAGGUAGUUGAUCAGGAUAAGUUAGAAAAGAGUACAAUUAAUAUAUAUACAAACAUUGAAGGUGUCAAUGUU